ACCUACAAGAAAGGCUGCGCUAACGUCAUGCUAAACAGCACAUACUGAUAUGAUUAUUACAUAUUUUAUUGAAUGUCUAAGUCGCUCAUCAUGGAAACAGACGCGUCUCUCCUCGGCGUUGAACUAGAGCAGAAACGGCAAGAAGAGCUGUAUCAACAAUUUUUGCUUCAGACCAUGGGAAAAGUGCAAAGCGAAAAGCCCCCCUCCAAAGUCAUCUGUCCACAACCAGGCAUGUGUGUGAAGACCUCCUCAGUGUCAGACAAAAAGAAGGUCUUUCUGAAUAUCUGUCAGUCACAGGUGGUACCGCCCCCUCCUCAUCUGUCCCAGGAAGCACUCGUGGAUCUACUGGAGUCAGAGGACCCGACGAGUUACAGAGUGCCCAUGAGUCUCGGCGAGCCGCAUACAGAAGUGGACAACAGCUCACAAGGCUGUACUGUGUAUGAUGUCGUGAUCAACGAUGAGUUCUUCCAGAAAUGUCAGAAAGAUACCCUGUUCCAGCAGUUUCUUAUUGCAGUUUCUUUGGAGGGACUGGAAAACAAAUACAACCUUGAGUUGAGCAGAGGCAAUCUGACUCCUUUCCUUCAUCAACCAAACGAGUUCAGUUUAUUAGUGGAGCCCCCAUCUGGAAAUGCAGAGCAUCUGAUCGCUGAGAUUCUGCUACCUGGAGUGAUAUCUGCUCGCUCUCUUGUUCUGGAUUUGGGAGAGGACAGACUAGUGCUUGUUGCUCAACCUUCUCUUUUCCACUUGGAUAUUUUCUUUCCCCUGCUUAUUGACCAAGAAAACAGUGUUGCCCAGUUCAACACAAAUACACAGAUGCUCACAGUGACCAUGCCAGUAGUGUCUUCAUAAAAACUAUUGCAAGGCUAUUAUUUCAUAAUAAACUUCUUAAUUUUGU